CUAUCCACUACUAUUGAUUUUCUUAGUUCUACAGAUACAAUAAACAUAAAACCCCUUUAGCUUUGAAUGCCUUGAGAAGUGUGGAGAAAACUGCAGUCCACAAAACUCUCUGUCCAGAUUCCAAACCAAAAGGAAUCACAUAUCAAACAAGCAGAAAAACGAUACCAUUUCUUUAAUUUUCUUUCUGUUCUUCUCAGUCCGAAAAAAAAUGCAGUCCAUGAUGAACCUUCAUGGCCUUCCACUAUGUGUUUCUGGGAUCACUAAAUCUCAUCAUUCAACUCUCUCCAAAGAGAUGGCGGAUCAUGAUCGGAGAAGGGAAGCUAUGAAGAAGCAAAGAUCAAGAUCACGAUGUCAACAUGCAAAUCAAGAGAUGGGUAUUGAAAGAAACCGUGUGAGAGAAGCUGGAGAGAUCAAAGAAGGUGAGGUUGAUGGAGAUCUAGCUUGUGUUUUGCUGGAUCCGUCCAACAUUUGUUCGUCUUGUACAGCAAAAGCUGCUUAGAUUGUUGAUUGAAAUCAUUAAAAAUGCGAGCUUUAGCCUGAAAAUGUUCUUUUGAUCCUUGGGACUUCUCCCUAUUUGGUUUAUGUCAAUAUUUGGUUUGAUCUUCUUCUUUA